AUGGCUUCUGGCUCGUUACCCUUCUCAAUUCCUGAAAGUUUACGUCAGAAGAAAACAACUAGUCCUGCUUUGAAAUCAGCGAACACUACUCGGAAACAACAACCUUAUUCUUUCACGAGACGUAGUGAAUAUACUGAUUUAGAUGAUCCACUAGGCUCUUCCUUACGUACAGUUCCUUAUAAACGAGCAAUCGAUUCAAGAAUCAGCAGUACCCGAUAUUCUCUUACUCGUGGUGCACGUAUUCGUAAAAAUGUUUCGUCGACGCAGCAUGCUGCGAAUAUUCCACACAGUUCGGCUGAUGUAAUUAUGUCAUUUGGUGGUACAAAAGUUGGGAAACGUUUGACAGCUAUACCACUUCGUGGUCAUAUGCGCAAUGUUCUUGACAAUAAACUGAGUGGUGCUUUACAUCCACCUGAAACGACAAGAUCUCGGACACGUGAAUUGGUUAGUGAGGAAAUUGGUUCGAAGCUGGAACGUAGUUCAGAAUGUUCGAAAGUUGAAUCAAUUGUUGAAAAGGCAAUAUUACCUAAAAGUGCAGUAGUUCGCCAAUUGAAGCGUCUUGUUGGACGAAUUUGUGAAAGUGAUUAUGAUAAAUAUCAAUUGCUAGAUGAAAGAGAUCGGUUAAUGCAAAGGGGGCGUUUAAAAAGUAACGAUGUUGAAAAUGCAAGUGUGGUACAGGGCUCUUGUUCAGAUAUGUGCCCAGAAAAGGAACGCUAUCUAAGAAUUGUUCAGAAGCGUCUUACUGUAUAUGAAUGUCGUGAUGAUGGCCAAAUAGCUCCAGAACUUACCGUAAAAGAGUAUAGCAGAAGUGCUGCAGAUCAAGACGAACCACUGCCACAUGAGCUGAGACCGGCAGAUAUUCUUAAUCGGACUAUGAACUACCUUAUUGGAAAAAUUGCCAACUACGUCCCGGAAACGGAUGAAGAGUUAGCUCAGUGGUAUGAUUUCCUAUGGAAUCGAACAAGAGCUAUUAGAAAGGAUAUAACACAACAAAUGAUGGUUAACGAAACUGCAGUUAAUCUGAUUGAGCAAUGCGUAAGACUACAUAUAUUUGCGUCUCAUCGUCUUUGUGAAUUAAAUUUCAACGAUUUUGAUCAGAAAAUGAAUACUGAAAAUUUGUCGAAAAGUUUGCAAAGCUUGCGUUAUUUGUAUGAUGAUUUGGCAAAAAAGGGUAUCUUUUAUGCUAGUGAAGCGGAAUUUCGUGCUUACGAAAUUAUGCUCAAUCUCUCAGACUCCAAUGUUUUUCGACAAGCACUGACAUAUCGUCGAGAAAUUCUUGAGUCGAGUCCAGUUCGAUUAGCUAUCCGUCUCUUUACUUGUUUGCAAAAUCAUAAUUAUGUCCGCUUCUUUCAGCUUUUGAAAACUGAUGCCACCUAUCUGCAAAUCGAUGUUUUAGUAGAUAAGUUAGCGGAAGAAAUCAUAAAUGAAGAAGUUGCAAGGUUAUGCGAGCUGGAGUUUGUAAAGUCAAUGAUUGAAGCAUUGACUUCUGAGUUAUACAACAAUAUUUUUGAGGCCUGUCUGAAGCCAUGUUGUCUGGAAGUGAUGAUGGGUGCUACACUAUUAUAUCGUCAUAAAAUAGCAGAAAAUAAAGUCAAGCAAAAUAUAAAACAACUCCAGUCACUGCAGGAUUGUUUGAAUGAAUCAAUUUUGCAAGAAGUUACGGAUCAACUUAUUAUCGAUUCAAGUAGAAAAUGGAUAACAAGAUAUCGACAAAUACAUGACGAGGAGCUCUUGGAAUCCAUUGGACAGAGCUUAUUCACUGAUCUGAUUACAGAAGUGAUUUCAGAAACAGUUCAAAACAUCGGAGAACAUAAGAUUAUCGAAGGUCUAGACACUAUGAAAAGGCAGUUACAAACCAUCAGUGAACGGCUAGACAGAUUAUGGCUAAAACAAUUUACGGAUCGCUGGAAAGAGCAAGUUGCCUUCAAAAAAAGGAGGAAACAAGAGAAAUUAGACUUGUUAGCAACAUUUCCUGUCGCAUUACCCGCCAGAUCAAACCUUGCUUUUCGUUGGAAAGGUGGUGGUCUAUUAGGCCAAGGAUAUGUUGAUUGUGCCAUGCUUGUUUUUGAAAAUGAAGUAAGUGAUUUCAUUGAAAAGAGACGCACAAGAUUAGUGCGUGCAGUAAUAGCGAAAUGGCGUCUGUGGACUAAAUCACAAAUCAAGAAGAAGGAAUAUUUUACUAUCACUUACGCAAGCUCUACUUCAUUACGUUGGAAAAGAAGCAGUAGCAAUUCAGAUAGUGAUGACAUUCGCUUAGCUGUUGCUUUAGCUGAUGUUGAGUUAAAACGGAUGAAACCAUUUCUUACUUUUGGUGAUACUGUUUGUGAUAACCAACAACAUUUAUCGUGGUGCGAAUCGUUAGAAGAGCGCUCGUCAGAUCUACUAAAUUAUUUCGAUAAAGAAACUCUCCAAAAAGGAAUAGAAUUAGCGCAUCGGAACAUGCAACGGGUUGGUAUUUCUCAUACUGGAUUCUCAAAAAAAGAAACCAGUAGAAGUUUGAAUAGCUUGGGGGACAAUUCAUGUGAAUUAUCAGGAAGAAAGAGAAAGUCGAAAGUAGCUGUAGAAAACGAAGCAUGCAUUUUUCCGCCAAAACGCGAAUGCAAAAGUCUGGAGAUAUUAGCAGAACGACUGAAGGCUUUUACCAGUGAAUUAGACAAUACACUAGAAAGAGCGAAAGAAAGAAAUCGUUGUUACGAUGAGAUAUUUGAGUCUUAA